GUUCAGAUGUGUGGUCAUUGGGCAUCACGCUAAUGGAAGUUGCCACUGGCGCUUUCCCGUAUCCUCGCUGGGGAUCCGUAUUCGAACAACUGCAACAAGUUGUGCAAGGAGAUCCACCAAGGCUCACAAACAACAACAAUGCAUUUUCUAAUAACUUCGUCAAUUUCGUCAAUACUUGCCUCAUAAAAGAAGAAACUCAGCGUCCUAAAUAUAACAGACUGUUGGAGCACCCAUUCAUAAAAGGUAUAAACCAAAGUCGUGCCGAUGUCGCAGCGUACGUGUGCGAAGUGUUAGACGCUAUGGAACGUAAUGGAGUUAGUCCGUUUACCACAGACCAGCCGGCGCAAGCCUGGGUAGAUUAGAUACACCACAAUUUAAAAAACUUCUAGAAUUUUGCGUGAAGAGUUGGUUUGCAAAAUGUUGUUCACAUUGUUACACAUAGGCAAUAUCUAUAUCUUUAAAGUGAGACAUAAUAGUGGAAGUUUGAUUCACAGAGAACUUGUUAACCCACUUGUAAUGCCACAUUGUCUAAUAUUGUAAUAUAAAUUUGCAUUUUAAUGAAUUAGGAAUUAACAAAACUUGGGAAUAUGAAUCCUUUAACAUGCAGCCUUUGCAGUAAGUUGUUGGAUGUCUCAAUGUUUUCCCACUUACUUCCUAUUUUAUUUGUUGACACAAUUUGAGAACAGAUUGAUUAGUUUUAUGUCAUAUUUACUGCAAUAUCACUUAUUACUGAAAUAGAGAUAAUUCUAAUAUUAACUAAUAAUUUACUGUGUAAAUUCAGGUAGAAUAUGUUAUUAGGACAAGUAGUAAAAUUUGUACAAACAAGUAGUUUGUAUCACUAAUUUUAUUCUGUAUAAUAGUAUGGAUAUGUUCAGUUCUCAAAAUGAAAUAAAGUUAUAAAGUUCUAUGUUAAUUAA